AUGAGUGGUCUAAGAAAAUCAUCACGAAUACGUAAACCUAUAACAACCAUAGAUCAAAAUCUUGAAGAUGAAGAAGACGAACAAGUAUUUAUUACAGCAAAAUCAACUCAAUCAAGAGCAUCAACUAAGCGCUUGUCAACGGACGAUUAUGAUGAACAAGAAACAAUUACACCAAAAAAACGACAAAAGAAAAAAUCAUCAACAACAACUACAAAAACGUCACCAUAUUUUAAAAAAAAAUCAAAAACAAAAAAAACUGCUCCUAAAUCAAAAAGCAAAAAAAAGAUUGAAACAACAAAUAAUCAAAGUACCGAUGAAAAUACAACAAUAUCUACUGAUACUACUAAUCUACCAAUAAAAACAACAACAGCAAGUGUUGAGAAUGAUACCGAUUCCGAUGAUGAUGAUGAUGAUGAUGCAUGGGAAAAUAUUCAUUCAAAGCCUAAUGAAGAAGUUGCUAUUCAAAAAUUACUUAAAGAACGUGAAGAAAGACAAUCAACUACAAUAAAUGAUGAAGUUGAAGUAAAUUUAACUAGUGAUGAAGUUGCCGCAGCUCAAGGUAAACGAAAGAAAAAUCUCAAUUCUAAAGAACAUCAAUUAGAACUUCAAUUAAAACGUGUAUUAAAAAAAAAUUUUUUACAAAAACAUAAACAUCAUAUUGUUUGUAAUCUUGGUCAUGGUUUUCAUUUAACAAAAACAUAUAUAAAUAAUCAAGAAUUACGUUCACUUAUGUUUUCAUUACUUGAUGAAUCAAUAACAAAAACACUUAUUUAUAAUAGUAAAACAACAAAUAUGAAUGAUAUACAUCGUCUUGUUAAAUAUUUUAAUGAAAUUUUUAUUCUUAUUGAUAAACCAUCAAAUGAUAUACGAGAAAAUCAACCAAUAACAAUGGAAAAAUUACGUCAAGCUAUGAGUGAUCAUCUUACCAAUACAUUAUCAUCUAUAAGAGUUAUUCUUUUUGCUAUAUAUGUUCGUCUUCUUCAAUAUGAAUGUCGAUUAGUAUUUGCUGCUGAUUUACCACCAAUUCGACCACGACAAGAAAAAGAUGAAAAACUUCAUAUACCACAUGGUAGUCUUAAAAAAAAUAUUAAGAAAAAACAACCAACUAUAUCCGAUGAUGAUAAUAGUAAUAGUACUAUGAAUGAAGAUAUAUUACCUCUUCAUUCACAUGAUCAUUCAUCUGAUUUAUCUCGUGUUGUUUCUUCAAGUUCAUCAGAAAUAAUUAAAAAUGAUCAAGCUAUUUCACCAGAAUCAACAACAAAAACUUCUAAAGAAUUAAAAUCUAAAAUAAAAACACGUUCUUUAAAACCUCGAUAUUAUUGGAUUGAACUUUUUAUUGAAACAAUAGAUGAUGGUUAUAUUCCAAUUGAUAUUUAUACAUCAAAAAUAAAUUCCGUAACCGAAUUUGAAGUUAAUAUUAAAUUUCCAAUGCUUUAUGUAUGGGCAUUUGAUACGGAUUUAUCUAGUUUAUAUGCUAAAGAUGUAACAAAACGAUAUUCACAAAAAUGGUUAACAACAUCAUAUCGUACAUCAAAUAUAGAACAUAAAACAAAUGGUGAUCCAAAAUGGUAUAAAAAAUUUAUGAAAAAAUAUCAACCAAAAGAUAAAAAAAAAUCAAUAUAUUCGGAAGUUGAAAAUAAACAAAUUGAAAAUCAAUUAGCUCGACAACCAAUUCCACAAUCAAAAUCAGAAUUAAAUGGACAUCCAUUAUAUGUAUUAAAAUCUAAAUUACUUAAAUUUGAAGGAAUUUAUCCAAAUGAUACACAACCAAUUGGAUGGUUUAAAGAAGAACCGAUUUAUUCUCGAGAUAAUAUUCAUAUUUUACGGUCAAAACAAACUUGGCUUAAAGAAGCUCGACAAGUUAAUCACGGUGAAGAGCCAUAUAAAAUUGUCGAAGGACGAAUAAAAAAUAUUGAUCGUAAAAUGGGUGUAACAACAAGACCAGAAUUAGAAUUAUUUGGUGAAUGGCAAACAUCAGAAUAUGUUCCACCAGUAGCAAAAGAUGGUAUUGUACCAUGUAAUGAAUAUGGAAAUGUUGAUUUAUUUAAACCGGAAAUGUUACCACAUGGUUGUGUACAUAUUGUUGAACCAAAUGCAGCUCGACUUUGUAAAAAAUUAGGAAUUAAUUAUGCUGAAGCAAUUACUGGCUUUGAUGCACAUGGUGGUGGAUCUCAUCCAGUAAUGGAAGGUAUUGUUAUAUGUAAAGAAUAUGAACAAACUUUACGUGAUGCACUUGAACAACAAAAACAAAUAGCUAUCGAAAAAGAAAUUAAGAAAAAAGAAGAUCGAAUCUAUAAAAAUUGGAGAAAACUUAUUCGAGGUUUAAUUAUUAAACAAAAUCUUGCAAAGAAAUAUGCUGAUGAUGAUAUUGAUGGAACAGAAAUGGCAACUGAUGCUAAAUAUCAAUGGCCUAUACUACCAAAAGAUGAUAACGAUAAUGACGAAGAUUUUAUGUAA